AUCUAUAUAUAAUAUAUCCAUGGUUUCCGCUCGGGCAGGUUAGGCUAGUAGUUUCCGUCUCGAAUGUUUCUUUUUGCUUGCGACUUGGAAUCAUGGCGGUGGGUAAGAAUAAGGGUCUGUCGAAAGGUGGCAAAAAGGGAGUGAAAAAGAAGAUCGUUGAUCCUUUUACUCGCAAAGACUGGUACGAUGUCAAGGCACCGUCUAUGUUUGCCAAUCGGCAGGUCGGGAAAACUCUUGUCAACAGGACUCAGGGGACAAAGAUUGCUUCUGAGGGAUUAAAGUUUCGAGUGUUUGAAGUGUCCUUGGCUGAUUUACAAAGUGAUCAGGAUGCAGAGAGAUCGUUUCGAAAAUUUAGAUUGAUCGCCGAGGAUGUCCAAGGUCGUAAUGUAUUGACCAAUUUUCAUGGAAUGGACUUGACAACCGAUAAGCUUCGAUCAAUGGUGAAAAAAUGGCAGACUCUGAUUGAGGCUAAUGUAGAUGUGAAAACUACAGAUGGCUAUCUGCUCCGAGUUUUCUGCAUUGGUUUCACAAACAAAGAUCAGCUGAGCACGAGAAAGACGUGUUAUGCUCAACACGCACAGGUUAAGAAAAUCAGACAAAAGAUGGUUGAAACUAUUACGGAAGAUGUUACUAAGACCGAUUUAAAAGGCGUGGUUAGUAAGUUACUUCCGGAUGCUACGGCUAAAGAUAUCGAGAAAGCCUCGCAGGGCAUUUAUCCUUUGCACGACGUUUACAUUCGUAAGUCGAAAAGCGCUUACGGAUAUGAAGACUAGUAGUGAAAGUAUUGAAGAAACCGCGCUUUGAACUCAGCAAGUUGUUGGAGUUGCAUGGAGAUGGAGGUGGUAACAAGAGUGAGGAAGCUGGUGAUAGCGGUUCCAAGGUUGAUAGACCGGAAGGCUACGAACCACCCGUACAAGAAUCUGUGUAAAGAUGAGUGUAUAAUCUUUCAUAAAAAUAAAAGACACAUUUGAUAUGGU